AUGUCGAAUAGGCAUAUUUUACAACCAGAAGAUCCUUCGGCCUUGCGAGACCAGAUCGCCGACAUCUUCAACCCCUCUUCUUCCGGCAGAUUUGCGGCGUCAGGUCGAAACAACACAACAGAGCAUAGCCACGAUGAUACCCACGAUGGUGCCCCCGACGAUAGGACGCGGUUGCUAGAAGGUUACGAUAGACGAGAGUCAGCUUGUGGUCAACCAGAGUGCAGUCACGGCACAUUCUCUCCACGACCAGAACAUCAGCAAGAACCUGGGUCUCAGGGUGCUAAUUAUUUCUGGGGGUUCAGAGCGCCGCGUUUCGUGAACUCCGGAAUUCAAACACCGAUAACCGAUGGAACCUCUGUUACCCACAGGCUCGGAGCGGAGAUUGGGGCAAAGCGUCGGCGGAAAUUGUACCUGUAUUAUUAUAUCCCAUUUUUCAAUUGGAUCGGCCAAUAUCGAUGGGAUUUUUUCCGAGGCGACCUCGUGGCUGCCCUCACUAUAGCUUCCUUCUACAUCCCAAUGGCCCUCUCCCUUUCGUCAAAUCUUGCACACGCUCCUCCUAUCAACGGCCUGUACUCGUUCGUCAUCAAUCCUUUUUUCUACGCAAUUCUGGGCAGUAGUUCUCAAUUAAUCGUUGGGCCGGAGGCGGCUGGGUCGCUUCUUGUUGGAACGGUCGUCAAAGCAACAGUCGAGUCCGGUAAUUCGUCAGAAAUGGAUGAUGCAGCACAUGCUCAAGUGGUCGGGAUUGUAACUGGAUUGGCGGGUGCCUUCAUCUUCAUUGCUGGGCUCACUCGCCUCGGCUUUCUCGAUAACGUUCUGAGUCGUCCUUUCCUGCGAGGCUUUAUCACUGCCAUCGGUGUCGUAAUCUUUGUCGAUCAAUUGAUACCCGAAAUGGGAUUAUAUGACAGGGCCGAAGCUGUCAACCAUGCCAGCACUGUUGAAAAAUUUGUUUUCAUCCUCGAGAAUGGGGAAUACGCCCACAAGCUUACGACGGCUGUUGCCUUUUCAAGCUUUGCUAUUAUCAUGGCCUUUAGAACCCUUAAAAAAACUCUUGAGCCUCGUUUUCCUUCGGUUGUCUAUUUCCCAGACCGCCUACUGAUUGUCAUUCUGUCGGCGGUUCUCACUUGGUAUUUUGGCUGGGAUAAGCAGGGGCUCGAAAUUUUAGGAGAAAUAAAACCCGGAGCGGGCAGUGACAAUGGAUUAUUUCAAUUUAGGUGGCCAUUCUCUCCGGGCCAAAUGCCUCAUAUCCGGUCUUCACUUAGCACGUCGUUCAUCAUCGCGCUACUUGGCUUUUUCGAAUCAUCCGUUGCUGCCAAGGGUUUGGGAGAUGGUGCGACGGACGGCAUCAAAGGCGCCCCGGUAUCAGCUAAUCGCGAAAUGAUAGCUCUGGGCGUCGCUAACAUUGCGGGUGGAUGCUUCACGGCUCUCCCAGCGUUUGGAGGAUAUGGCAGAAGCAAAGCCAACGCUUCUACCGGAGGACGAACGCAGAUGAGCAGUAUUUUCCUUAGUAUAAUCACCUUAAUCGUUGUCAUAUUCUUUUUGAAAUACCUUUACUAUCUUCCGAAAGCCGUGCUAUGCGCGAUGAUAUCAGUUGUCGCUUACUCUUUGGUCGAAGAGUGUCCACAUGAUCUGCGAUUCUUCAUCCGUGUUCGAGGGUGGUCAGAGCUCUUGUUGAUGAUUUUAAUCUUCCUGUCGACAAUAUUUUACUCACUUACUUUGGGCAUGGCUCUAGGCUGUGGGCUGUCUCUCCUGCGUGUAAUCCGACAUGCCACAAAGCCGCGGAUUCAAAUUCUUGGAAAGCUACCCGGAACACCAAACCAAUUUGAAAACGCCGAACUCUAUCCCGAAAAAAUAGAAUUCGUUGAAGGAUGCUUGAUUGUCAAAAUCCCCGAGCCACUGACAUUUGCAAAUACUGGUGAUUUGAAGAAUCGCCUUCGCCGGUUGGAACUUUACGGCACAAGCCGUGCUCAUCCUGCCCUGCCGAGAGUUAGACCGGUAGACAAUGACAAGAACAUCAUUUUUGAUGUCCAUGGCGUUACGAGUAUCGAUGCAUCAGGAACGCAAGUGUUAUUGGAAAUUGUUGAAAGUUACGUCAACCGCCGCGUGCGAGUCUUUUUCUGCCGGUUGCCGUCUCUCGAUGGUCCUGUUUUUGAGAUAUUUGGGCGUAGUGGUAUAAUUGAAAAGUGCGGGGGCACUCGACACUUUGUCUCAAGCGUGGACGAAGCUUUACGACUAACAGAGAUUGAGGAUAUCGAAGAUGAAUAUCGGGAAAGUUAA